CAGUAAAUGGUUAGAAAUAGAAGUAAAAUGAUUUAAUGUUAUUGUUAUAAUUUUUGAUAAAAAAUAAAAAAAAAUAUGGAUUAUAAAAAUAAACGUAAAGCAAGUGAAGAAGAUAUUACAGAUGAUUCUACAGUUAAGAAAUCGGAGAAGAAAUACGAAAAUAUUAAUGUAUCCGAUACUCUGCAGAAAAUAAAAUAUAGAGCAUGUCGGCCACCUCCAAUCAGUUAUAAAAUAGGAAAGAAUGAAAUACCGUUUUUCAUACCACAUAAAAAGCUCCUCGAAAAAAUAGUAUAUAAACCGGAAAUUCGAGAGCCAUUGACUGGUUUUGCCGCCCAACAAGAAAAAAUUAGGAAACGAGUUCUUAAACCAACUACUUCAUUACCAAAAGUAGAAGAGAAAAAGUCAUUAACAAAAGAUGUCUCGUCUGAAACAAUCAUAAGAGAUUUAGAACGAGUUCCAUGGAAAUACAAAAAAGAAAAAGAUUUCGAUGCUCCAGUGUUCGUUGAUCAAUUAGAAUUAAUACGGCAAUUACGAGAGGACCGUAAAAUAGGAUUUUUUUAUAUAAUUUAUGCAGUUGAACCAUCUUCGAAAUAUUUUACCCCUUAUGCGUUAAAAGUUGUUCCAUAUAAAGAUGUAGGAAAAAUCUAUAUGACUAUCAGUGCUAAUGGUGUAACCCAAUACAGUCCAGAUGAAAUGAUCUUUACUCCUAUUGAGCAAUGGGAAAGAGAAUAUAUUUUUUACUUAAAAUUAUUAAAGUUAAGGACGUUUAUUAUAUUUCGAAUGUGGAAAGCUUUCUACAUUUGGAGAAAAUCAGUUAUUUAUAAGAAAUUUAUCUCAGCGAAAAAUUUUAUAAAUGAUAAUUUGUUUAUAACGGAUGCAAUACUCAGUAAAGCAUUAUUAGAGAUUAAAUCGAUGUGUACGAUAUUCCUUGAUUCCAGUUUCUUUGAUAAUAGCUUUUUUGAAAAGAUAUUACUUUUUUACUUCGCAGAAAAACAGUUUACAAAACUAGAAUUACUUAGAGAUAAGUUAGAUGAGUUUAGAAAUUUAGCAAUGGAUAUAGUUAAUAAUGCUUGCCUUGGUGCUCUAUUAAAAGCUGGAUAUACCCCGGAUGAUUCUAAUAUAACAAUAGAACAAACUGCAUAUGGAAAACUUGGGGAAUUUGGUGUUAUCAAAUUCAAAAUGCCUAAAGAUGGUAUUCUUAAAAUGAGUUAUAUAGAACAAGCACGAAAGAGGGAAAAAUGUUAUAGGCUAUCUUGCUUUAUUCACUUGAUUGAUUAUAUGAAAACAAACAUGAUGCAUUGUCUAUUAAUAAACACUUAUCAAAAUUUUAUAGAGAUAUUAAAAAUCUACACAAGUUUUUUACCAAGUGAUGAAGAUAUAGAUAAUGAUAUAAUUGAUCUUCCUUUAAAAGAAAAUCGUCCAGCAUCGCAUCGUGUUCAGUUGCCAUAUUGGAUUGUAGAUUUGCUUAUCUUACCAUCUUCAGAGAUUAUAUUAGAUCCACAGGAAGAUAUAUUUCGUUAUGUGAUAAAAACUAUACAAACAAUGUGGGAGGAGAAUUUAUUUGCCAUCAAACCUUUACUCUCGGAUCCUUUUUUCCACUCUUUUACGAGGCCUAUGAUCAAUCACAAAAUAGAAGAUCGCAUUUGCGGAUUUCCUCCGGAAAUUGAGGUAGUUUUGAAGCAAGAUGUAGUGAUGCAAAAUUUCAAAAUUGAAUUAGAGGAAAUUUUAGAUAAAAAUUUCAAUGCUAUAGAACGUUAUUGUAAACGAUUCGACGAAAUCAGACAAUUUUUUUACGAAGAUAUGAUAUUCGACGAAAAUAUUAUCCGCGACAAUCGAGAUUGCGCAUUAUUUCGGGAGUGGAGCAUCCGUUAUAAAAAAGAAGUAGAUAUAAUAAAUAAAGUUAUCGAUUCUCAACCGUUUGGACUUUUUUUGAUUCAACUCGAGCGAUUUAAAAAUAUUGCCGACACUGCUCCUAGAGGAAAAUUAUCUGUCAUCGAAGCAGUUAUGCCGAGGUUAGGAAAAAGGAGAGUCGACGCUUUAUUAACGCAAGCGACUGAUUCCAUUAAUUAUCUCGAAAUCAUGCCUACGACGACUGAAGAAUAUGUUAAAUAUAUUAAAUUCGUAGAUCAAGCCCAGGCAAAUGUAGAUGACAUGGAAUCACAAUUGGAUUACGUAAAAGAGUUAUACGACACAAUGGAAGAAUUUGGUUUUCCGAUACCGUCGAUGGAUAUGGCAAAUUAUUUGGGUAUUGGGAGUCAAUUUACCAGUUUGAGACUGAUCGUAGACAAUAGAUUAGAGAUGAGGCCGAAACUAAUAAACAAAUUCAACGCGCAACUUCAGAAGGAUAUCACAGCAUUGAACGAAGAAAUAUCAGAAAUUCUCGAUGAAAUAAUGCUACCUUGGCUAUUGGAUUACGAUAGCAACGUCGAUGCCUGUUUAAAGACUUUGAAGGAACUUGGUGAUCGAUUAGCCGUGUGUGCAGUUAAGGCGGAACGAUAUCGUGGCCAUCAGAGGACAUUUAAGCUCGAACAAACAAGAUUCGAGAUUUUGGAUCAAGUAAUGAACGAGUUAAGAUUACGCACAUUAUUGUGGGAAAGUUUGACUUCAUGGGAGGAAGCUAUCUACGAAUGGUAUUCCGCCGAUUUCGAUACCUUGAACGUCGAAGAGAUCACCGGGUUUACAAUGAAGACAAUGAAAAAUAUAAUUCAAUUAGAGAGGGGUUUGCCACCAAACAAAAUUGUACCUAAAUUAAGAGAGAGCGUUGAGUUAAUAAGAAAUAAGUUGCCAGUUCUCGGUUAUUUGAGAAAUCCAGAUUUGCGAGACAGGCAUUGGGCGAAGAUCGAAGACUUGUUGAAUUAUACUUUUAAGCCUGAUGUGAAAAAGACUUGGACUCUGAUGGAAGAGCUUGGCGCCUUCUUAAAGCCGAAUGAAUUAAUGGAAAUUGCCGCAGCUGCAAGUUCUGAAGCUAAUUUGGAAAACAUGUUGCAGAAGGUUAUAGACACUUGGGAAAACCUCAAGUUUAUUAUUGUACCCUACAAAGAGGGAAAAGAUGUUUACAUCAUAGGUACCCUUGAAGAAAUUCAACUUGCAAUGGACGAAAGCAAUAUCAAUUUACAAACUGUCAAUGCAUCCCGCCAUGUUGGUCCCAUUAAACCUUUAGUCGAUGAAUGGAUACAUAAGCUUGAAGUGUUUACAGAAACUUUGGAAGCUUGGCAACUUCUGCAACAACAAUGGUUGUAUCUUGAAGCUAUAUUUUCAGCUCCUGAUAUCCAACGACAACUACCUAUGGAAGCAAAACUUUUCAUCGACGUUGACAGAUUUUGGAAAGAUCUCAUGAGACGAACUUAUAAGGCACCUUUAGCUAUGGUGGCGUGUACGCAACCAGGAUUAUUGGAACAAAUAGAGAUGCAUAACCGGAUGCUAGACGAAGUGAUGAAAUGUUUGGAAGCAUAUCUUGAGACAAAACGAAUAGCGUUUCCAAGAUUCUUUUUCUUAUCUAAUGAUGAACUGUUAGAAAUCUUGGCCCAGACGAAGAAUCCACAUGCGGUGCAAAGAUACUUGCAGAAGUGUUUCGAUGCUAUAUACAGAUUGGAGUUUGCAACGAAAGAAACUGAAGCUGGUGAAGUUUUAACGACGGAUAUAAUUGCCAUGAUCUCACCGGAAGGUGAAAAAGUUCCUUUUGAGAGAAGUUUGAGAGCUAGGGGUAAUGUCGAAGAUUGGUUAGGUCGAGUCGAAGAUGUUAUGUUUUUAACCUUAAGAAAAGCAAUGAAAGAUGCAAUUAAAGAUUUUGAAGUGAAGAGUCGGCACGACUUUAUUUUUAUACAUCCUUCUCAGAUAAUUCUUACUGUAUGUCAAAUAUUUUGGGUUCGUGAUGUACAUUUAAUCUUAGAAUCUUCUGAGCAUGUGAUCGAAAAAAUGAAAAAAUACGAGCAACAUUGUUAUGAGGAAUUAAAUACAUUGGCCAUGAUGGUGAGAGAAGAACUACCAAAAUUAAUACGUGAUACCGUAACUAAUUUGAUAACAAUAGAUGUGCAUUCCAGAGAUAUCAUUACAAAUUUGGUUGAAAAUAAAACAACAAGGAGUAUGAGCUUUGACUGGGUAAAAGCGUUACGUUAUUAUUGGCACGAGGAUCGUGAUACUUGCUUAGUGUGUAUGAGUAACUCCGAAUAUCCCUAUGGAUAUGAAUAUCUCGGCGCUCAAAAGAGGCUUGUCAUAACCCCUCUGACAGAUAGAUGUUAUUUGUGUCUUAUGGGCGCUCUGCAAUUAGAUCUAGGUGGUGCUCCUGCAGGACCGGCGGGUACCGGAAAAACGGAAACGACAAAGGAUUUGGCCAAAGCAGUUGCUGUUCAAUGUGUCGUAUUUAAUUGUUCAGAAGGACUUGAUUUUAGAAUGAUGGGUAGAUUCUUCUCUGGUCUGGCUACUUCCGGUGCUUGGUGCUGUUUCGACGAAUUUAAUAGAAUAGAUAUCGAAGUGCUUUCUGUGAUAGCUCAGCAAUUAAUUACAAUCAGAAACGCUAAACUUGCCAAAGCUACCGAAUUUUUGUUCGAAGGAAGGGUCAUCAAAUUGGUGAGAUCUUGUUCAACUUUCAUCACUAUGAAUCCAGGAUAUGCUGGUCGUACGGAAUUACCAGACAAUUUAAAAGCAUUAUUCCGACCAUUCUCUAUGAUGGUUCCAGAUUACAAACUUAUUGCUGAAGUUACUUUAUACUCAGAAGGAUUUGAAUCGUCAAAGCCAUUGUCGCAAAAAAUGACCUUGAUGUAUACGCUUAGUAGCGAACAACUUUCCCAACAAGAUCAUUAUGAUUUCGGAAUGAGAGCUGUUAAAAGCGUACUGGUAAUGGCAGGUAGUCUUAAACGAAACAAUCCUGAUAAACCGGAAGACGUUGUUUUAAUCAGAGCUUUGCGUGAAAGCAAUAUACCAAAGUUCUUACGCCAAGAUGCUGAAUUGUUCGAAGGUAUCGUAGGAGAUCUCUUCCCAGGUAUAGAAAUUCCUGAGGUGGACUACGGUAUUCUAAUGGACACAGCUAUUGAAAUAAUGAAAGAAGCUCAAUUGCAACCAGAAGCUUGCAUUUUAAAGAAAGUCACUCAGUUGCACGAAUGUUUGCAAGUAAGGCACGGAGUGAUGUUAGUUGGACCUACUGGUGCAGGAAAAACAUCGGUACUUCAUACUCUUGCCAAUACUUACAACAGACUUCAUCAAAUGGGUGUACCUGGACCAAUAUAUCAGCCAGUUAAUUUGUAUAUAAUCAAUCCAAAAGCAGUUACAAUUGGUGAAUUGUAUGGAGAAGUAGAUCUAUUGACUAAUGAAUGGAAAGAUGGAUUAAUUGGUUCUACAGUUCGUCAUGCGUGUUCAUUUACUACUGAAGAACAUCAAUGGAUUGUGUGCGAUGGACCUGUAGAUGCUGUAUGGAUAGAGAACAUGAAUACUGUUUUAGACGAUAAUAAAAUGUUGUGUUUGGCUAAUUCUGAAAGAAUCAAGUUUACUCCUUAUAUGCGUAUGUUAUUUGAGGUUAUGGAUCUUGCCCAAGCGUCACCCGCUACCGUCAGCCGUUGUGGAAUGGUAUACGUAGAUCCUAUAGAAUUAAAAUGGAUGCCUUAUGUAAAAUCAUGGGUAGAAAAAUUUCCUGAUACUAUUCUUAAAAGUGAAUAUCAACAAUUAAUUAUUGAACUCUUUGAAAAAUAUUUCGAAAAUGGAUUGGUCUUCUGUACUCACAAUUGCAUCUGUCCGAUUAAGCAAGUUGAUAUUAGUAAAGCGAAUAUGGCUUGUGCAAUAUUAGAAUAUAUUUUAUACGAACCAGAAGCGAUAGAAAAAACUACAGAGAAAGCACGAAUCAGAACAUUUUUAGUUCAGUCAUUCGUUUUUGCUUAUCUUUGGGCCAUUGGUGGUAACGUUCACGAUAAUUCUCGUAGCAUAAUCGAAACUUUUGUAAGAGAACAAUUUAAGGAUGACGAAGAUGCGUUUUUGCCAUCGGUAGAUUUGUGGAAUAUUUAUAUAAAUGUUCCAGAGCAUCGAUUGGAUUUUUGGAUGGAUAUUAUGCCAAAAUUCGUAUAUGAUAGAGAAGUACCAUUUUUUGAUAUCCUCGUACCAACGAUCGAUACCGUACGAUUUGGUUAUUUGAUGAAGAAAUUAGUCCAAAUAAAUAAACCUGUAUUCUUUUCCGGAAAUACUGGAGUAGGAAAAUCAGUAAUAACAAAAGUAAUCUUAAAAGAAUUGGAGGAUACUAAUCUUUGGGUACCAAUUAAUUUAAUCUUCUCGGCUCAAACUAGUAGUGGAAGAACGCAAGAGAUCUUGGAACUUAAACUGGAGAAAAGAAAAAAAACUGUGUUAGGAGCACCUAUUGGAAAGCGAGUGUGUGUAUUUGUCGAUGAUGUCAAUAUGCCUAAAUUAGAUACAUAUGGAUCUCAACCACCAAUCGAACUUUUACGACAAUUAUUGGAUUUUGGUGGAAUGUACGACAAAGAAAAAUUAUUCUGGAAGAAUGUUGAGGACGUUGUUUUUACCGUAGCUUGUGCUCCUCCUGGAGGUGGUAGAAAUCCUCUGACACCAAGAUUCGUCAGACAUUUCGCAAUGCUGUUUAUUCCAGCACCUACAGAUAUCUCUCUAAAAGGAAUAUUCAAAUCAAUUAUAACCGGAUUUUUAGAAGAAUUUGUAGAUUCUGUUAAACAAAUCGGGGAAAGAAUAGUGAACGCAGCUGUUGAUAUUUAUUUAACUAUAGAGACAGAUCUUUUGCCUACUCCAGAAAAAAGUCACUAUAUAUUUAAUUUACGAGAUUUAUCGAAAUGUAUACAAGGUAUUAUGCAAGUUGAUGCCACUGUUAUUAAACAACCUAAUGAAAUGUACAGACUUUUUUAUCACGAAUGCCUUCGAGUUUUCCAUGAUCGAUUAAUCAACGUUCAAGAUAAAACUUAUUUCUAUAGACUCCUAAAUACCAUAUGUUUAACUAGCUUUGGUAUAGAAGUGUUGCGACUUCCGGAUGAAAAAAUUAUCGAGAGACCACCGAUGUUACUGUUUGGUGACUUUAUGACUUUUGGAGCGGCGAGGGAGCAACGAAUUUACGAAGAACUUACUGAAAUCCCAAAAGUUAAAUCAAUUUUGGAGGAUUAUUUAGAAGAUUACCGUUUUUCUGUUGGAAAAGAUAUGAGACUCAUUUUCUUCAUGGAUGCUAUAGAACAUAUUUGCAGACUUGCAAGAAUUCUUCGUUCUGAAAGAGGCAACGGCCUUUUAGUAGGUGUCGGUGGAAUGGGAAAACAAAGUUUGACGAGAUUAGCGUCUCAUUUAAAUGGUUAUAAAUGUUAUCAAAUAGAAGUUACACGUACAUACGAUAAACAUUCAUGGCAAGAAGACCUUCGCCGAUUUUAUUUCGAACCAGGUACUGCCGCUAAACACACGACGUUUUUAUUCACAGACACUCAAAUUGUGCUAGAAGAUUUUUUAGAAGAUAUUAAUAAUACUCUUAAUACUGGCGAAGUACCAAAUUUAUAUGAAGCAGAUGAAUUGGAAAAAGUUAUCAUAGCUACAAGGCCUGCAGCAAAAGAAAUAGGAAUUCCUGAAGCAAAUAGAGAUGCAAUUUACCAAUAUUUUAUUGCAAGAGUUAGAAAUCACCUUCAUUUAAUGAUCUGUAUGAGUCCUAUAGGUGACACUUUUAGACACCGUUGUCGUAUGUUUCCAUCAUUAGUAAAUUGUUGCACGAUUGAUUGGUUUACAAAAUGGCCAAAUGAUGCACUCUUAUCAGUAGCAGAUAAUUCAUUAAUCGAAAUCGUUCCAACAGAUUCAUCAAAACGUAUCAAUCUUGCUACUAUUUGUGUUUUAAUCCAUGAGAGUGUAGAAGAAGCGACAACUCGAUUUUUCCUAGAAAUGCGUCGAAGGUAUUAUACUACACCAAGUAGUUAUUUAGAACUUUUGAAGAUGUUUAAAACAACUUUUAAAAGAAGAAAGAAAGAAAUAGAAUUACUGAAAAGUAAAAUCGCCAAUGGUCUUAAUAAAUUACGAGAAACUAACGAAAUGGUUGGUAUAAUGAAAGAACAAUUGAUUAUUCUUGCUCCAAAAUUAAAAGCAAGUACUGAGGAAGUAUCAAAGCUGGUAAAAAUUCUUGCAAAGCAACAAAUCGAAGUCGAUAAAGUGAAAUUUGUUGUAACUGCUGAAGAAGCAGUAGCAAAAGCGAAAAGAGAAGAAACAGCAGCUUUAGAGGCUGAUGCUAGACAAGAUUUAGAAGCAGCAAUGCCAGCUUUAUUAGAAGCUCAAAAGGCAUUAGAAGCUUUAGAUAAAAGAGAUAUUAACGAGGUUCGUGUAUUUAUACAACCACCUCAUUUGGUACGUUUUGUUAUGGAAGCAGUGAAUUUGUUAUUGGGUGAAAAAACAGAUUGGGCCUCUGCCAAACUUGUUUUGGGCGAUAUACAUUUUCUUGAUCGCUUAAUUAAUUAUCCUAAGGACGAAAUAAGUGACAAACUUUUAGAAAAGUUACAAGAUUAUAUUAAUCAUCCAGAAUUUCAACCAGAUUUAGUGGCUCGACAAAGUAAAGCUUGUAAAUCGUUGUGCAUUUGGGUAAGAGCAAUAAAUGGCUAUGCUAAGAUUUACAGAGUAGUCGAACCAAAACGACAGAGAUUAAAGAAAGCUGAAGAAGAGUUAAAUGCCAUAGAGGCAAUAGUUGCUAAAAAACAACAAGAACUUGCCGAAGUGGAAAGAAAAAUCAUAGAAUUGCAACAGCAAUACGAUGCAGCUCUAGAAAAUUUGAAUAAAUUAGAAGCCGAAAUGAAUUUAGCAGAAACAAGAUUGAAUAGAUCUGGACGAUUGACAUCUGCAUUAGUGGAUGAACGAGUUCUAUGGGAAGAGUUAACACGCGGUUUUGAACAGCAAAUUAACAAUUUGACUGGUGAUAUUUUGAUAGCUGCUGGUGCUCUUGCUUAUCUGGGUGCUUUUACAAAUGAAUACAGAGAAGAAUUGAUAGAAUCUUGGUUAUCUCAUUGCAAGAAUUACGAUAUUGAUACUACAGAAAAUUAUAGUCUCAUUGCAAUAUUAGUUGAUCCUUAUGAAAUUCGUCAAUGGAAUACGUAUGGUUUACCACGAGAUAAAGUCAGUAUAGAAAAUGGUAUUUUUGUAACACAAUCCACUCGCUGGCCUUUAAUGAUUGAUCCUCAAGAACAAGCAAAUAGGUGGAUACGAAAUAUGGAACAAGACAAUAACUUAAAAAUAUGCAAACUGACAGAUACAAAUUUAAUGAGAGUACUAGAGGCAUCUAUACGACUUGGAACUCCUGUAUUAAUUCAGGAAGUAGGAGAAGUAUUGGAUCCAAGUUUAGAACCAAUUCUGCUUAAACAAAUUUUCAUUUUGGGUGGUAGAACAUUAAUAAGAUUUGGCGAUACAGAUGUCGAGUAUGAUGAUAAUUUUAAAUUAUAUAUUACAACGAAAAUCGCAAAUCCUCAUUAUUUACCAGAAAUUUGUAUUAAAGUAACAAUAGUCAAUUUUACUGUAACCGUAGGCGGUCUCGAAGAACAAUUACUCGCAGAUGUUGUACGUCUGGAAAGGCCAGAUCUUGAAUCAAUGAGAAAUUACUUAAUAAUAAAAAUCAAUGCAGAUAAAGGUCAAUUGCAAAGCAUUGAAGACAAAAUUUUAACAUUGUUAUAUGGUGCAGGCGAUGAUAUUUUGGACAACGAGGAGCUAAUAGAAACUUUAAAUGAUAGUAAAGAAACUUCGGCAAUUAUCGCAAUGAGAUUAAUUGAAAGUGAAACGACUGAAAAAAAUAUAUCAAUUGCGCGUGAAAAAUAUCGAUCUGUUGCAAAUCGUGGAUCAGUUUUGUAUUUUGUAGUUGCAAAUCUUGCAAACAUAGAUCCCAUGUAUCAAUUCUCAUUAAAAUACUUUAAUCAAAUCUUUAAUACGAUAAUUGAAACUACUAAAAAAGAAGAUAUUUUACAAUUACGUUUGCAAAUAUUAUUAAAUGAAAUAACAUUAGCUAUCUAUACAAAUGUUUCGCGAGGUUUAUUUGAGAAACAUAAAUUAGUAUUCAGUUUUAUGCUCAAUAUUGCAAUAGAUAUGAAUGAUGAGAUUGUAUCCCUAGUACAAUGGAAUUUUUUGUUAAGAGGACCUACACGAAUUGUCGUUGAAGAAAUGCCAGAUUAUCCAACUUUAACAACUACAAUAUGGACUUCAAUCAAUUAUUUAGCAAAGACAUUCGAUAGCUUUGAAAAUAUUUUAACUGAUGCAUUUAAAGAAAUUAUAGUAACUAUUGGAUAUUUUGAAGAAGAUAUUAAUAUAAUUCCUACCAAUCAAGAAAUUGCUGCUUACGAUUGGAAUAAUAAUCUAACUGAUAUUGAAAAAUUACUGUUGCUAAAAGCUUUGAGAGAAGAACAUUUAAUUUUUGCUAUCACAGCUUAUGUAUCAAAACAUUUGGGACCUAAAUUUGUGGAAUCACCUAUGGUAACAUUACAACUUUUAUUUGCAGAUACAUCAUGCAAAAUACCAUUGAUUUUUAUACUCACAACUGGAUCAGAUCCUUUCAGUGCUUUUCAAAAAUUUGCACAUGAAAUGGAUUUCUCCAAUAGAUAUGAUUCAAUUUCUUUAGGACAAGGUCAAGGUCCUAUUGCAGAAGGACAUAUACGAACAGGUACUGUAGAAGGCAGAUGGGUAUUUUUACAAAAUUGCCAUUUAGCUACUUCAUGGAUGGUCAAUAUGGAACAAAUUGUGAUGGCAAUUGCUGAAGAACCAAAAGGAGUAAUUCAUAAUGAUUUUCGAUUAUUUUUGAGUUCGAUGCCAAGCAAAGCUUUUCCAGUUUCUGUUCUUCAGAAUUCUGUGAAAGUCACUAAUGAGCCACCAAAAGGUCUAAAAGCCAAUAUUAAGAGAGCAUUAUAUGAUUUGGACGAGGAAUUUUUUGAACAACACAUUUUAAAGGAAAAUUGGCGCAAACUUAUAUUCGGAAUUUGUUUCUUCCAUGCAAUUAUUCAAGAACGAAAAAAAUUUGGACCAUUGGGAUGGAAUAUUGUAUAUGAAUUUAAUGAUAGUGAUAGAGAAUGUUGUUUACAAAAUUUGAAAUUAUUUUGUAUAUCAGAGCAUAUACCCUGGAAUGCAUUAACAUAUACUACAGGUGAAAUUACUUAUGGAGGUAGAGUUACAGAUAGUUGGGAUCUAAGAUGUAUGAAAACAAUUCUAACUAUUUUCUUUUCUCCUAAAACUUUGACUUUGAAUUAUAUUUAUUCACCAUCUGGAAAAUAUUAUUGUCCUGUAUACAAGACUUUACAAGAAUACAAAGACUUUAUAGAAACUUUUUCUAUAAUUGAUGAUCCAGAAAUAUUUGGAAUGCACGAAAAUGCAAAUAUUGCUUAUCAGUUGAGAGAAACGCACUUCAUCUUAAAGACUAUUUUGGAAGUGCAACCACAAGAAAUUACUAGUGAUGAAGAUAAAUCUACUUCAGAUAUAAUACAUGAUCUAGCUGAAAUGAUUAAUGAAAAAAUUCAGUUAAAAAUAGAUCCUAAAAAAUGUAAUCCUGAACAUUUAAAAAGAGAUUCAGCAGGAAGACUUCCAUCUCUAACUAUUGUUCUCCUUCAAGAAGUUGACAGAUAUAAUAAACUGUUAAUCAAAAUACAUAAAUCAAUAGAAAAUUUAGAGCGAGCCAUCAAAGGUUUUGUUGUCAUGUCUGAAGAAUUAGAAAAUGUCUUUAUAGCCCUCAUCAAUAAUCAAGUACCACAAAUAUGGCAUAAUGUAAAUGUCUAUCCAUCUUUAAAAACCUUAGGAAGCUGGAUUAAGAAUUUGGAGCUAAGAAUUGAUUUUAUUCAAAUUUGGUUAAUUGAUGUAAAACCAAUUUCUUUUUGGAUUUCGGGUUUUUCUUUUCCUCAAGGAUUUUUAACUGGCAUGUUACAAACAUGUGCAAGAAAAUAUAACAUUCCUAUAGAUCACUUAAAGUUAGAUUUCAUUGCCAAAAAUAUUUUACUUGAUCAAGAAGAAAUAGAAAUAGAACACAAGAAAUCUGGAAAAGAGGUAAUAGAAGUAUAUAAAGACUUACAAGUGCCAGAAGAUGGAGUUCUAAUACAUGGGUUAUUCAUUGAUGCUGGUAGAUGGGAUUUUAAAUCUAUGCAAUUAAUAGAUGAAUAUUUAGGUGAAAUGCAUCCAUCUCUUCCAGUUUUACAUAUAAAUCCAGUAUUAAAGCUUCCAGAAGAUGAUCCAAGAUAUGUUUGUCCUUUAUAUAAAACAGCAAUUCGAGCAGGUGUAUUGUCUACAACUGGACAUAGUACAAAUUUUGUUGUUGCAAUUCUACUUCCAUCUGAAAAGGAACAAUCACAUUGGAUUUUGAAAGGAACAGCACUUUUAAUUGAAAUUAUAAAUUAAAUUUUCUAUGUUAUAUCUAAUAUAUUAAUUAACAAGUCAGAUAUAAUAAUUGAAACAUAAAUUUAGAAUUUCAUAUAUUUAUAUUUAUGUUAUAUACAUACUUUACAAUAUAAAGAUUUUAAAUAAAUAUUAAUAUAAAU